AUGCCUGCUCUUCUUCUCUUCAUGGUGCUCUGUGCACCGUUCUUAUCGUGCGCCGAUCGUAGCUCUGUGACCGUCGCUGAGAUCCAAGCCUUGACGUCCUUCAAGCUAAACCUUCAUGAUACUGUCGGAGCUCUCAACGUGGGAUCCGUCAUCGCCGGCGGCUCCGUGUGACUGGCGCGGGGUUGCCUGCAACAACGACCGAGUCACGGAGCUUCGCUUGCCUCGCCUUCAACUCGGUGGCAGACUCAGGACCGUAUUUCAGAGUUGCGCAUGCUGCGCAAGAUAAGCCUUCGUUCGAACUCCUUCAACGGAACCAUUCCUUCGUCGCUUUCCAAAUGCACGCUCCUACGCUCCGUGUUCUUGCAGGACAACUCAUUCUCCGGCAACCUCCCGGCGGAGAUCGGGAACCUCACCAACCUUCAGAUUCUCAACGUGGCUCAAAACCACCUCUCCGGCGGCGUUCCCGGCGAGUUCCCUCUUGGUCUCAAGUACAUCGACCUCUCAUCCAACGCCUUCUCCGGCGAGAUUCCGAGCACUAUUGGUAAUCUCUCUCAGGUUCAGCUAAUCAAUCUUUCGUACAACCAGUUCUCAGGCGAGAUUCCGGCGAGAUUCGGGGAGCUUCAGCAGCUACAAUUCCUCUGGCUUGACCACAACUUCCUGGGAGGAACGUUGCCUUCGGCAGUCGCUAAUUGCUCUUCGCUUGUUCAUCUGAGUGUAGAAGGAAAUGCACUUGGCGGCAUGAUUCCGUCGGCGAUUUCGGCGCUUCCGAAUCUUCAGGUGAUGUCCCUCUCCCAGAACAAUCUAACUGGCUCCAUUCCAGCUUCCGUUUUCUGUAAUGUUUCGGUCUACGCGCCGUCGCUUCGGAUUGUUCAACUUGGAUUCAAUGGUUUCACGGAUUUCGUUGGGCCUGAGACGAGCACGUGUUUCAGCGUGCUUCAGGUUUUGGACAUUCAGCACAAUCGCAUAAGAGGCACGUUUCCCUUGUGGUUAACCAAUGUGACUACCAUAACAGUGCUUGAUGUUUCGAGCAAUGCACUUUCCGGCGAGAUUCCGCCAGAAAUAGGAAACCUCGCCAAGUUGGAGGAGUUGAGGAUGGCUAACAAUUCGUUUACAGGCAACAUUCCGGUGGAAAUCAAGAAAUGUGGGUUCCUGAGUGUUGUUGAUUUUGAAGGCAACAAAUUAAGCGGAGACGUUCCUUCGUUUUUCGGCGAUAUGACGGGCCUGAAGGUGUUGUCCCUUGGUGGGAAUCACUUCUCUGGUUCAGUUCCGGUGAGUUUUGGAAACCUUUCCUUUCUUGAAACCUUGAGUUUAAGAGGCAAUAGCUUAAAUGGAAGUAUGCCUGAGGCGAUAACGAGAUUGAGCAAUUUGACGACACUAGACCUUAGUGGAAACAAGUUUACGGGUCAAGUUUAUGGCAAUAUUGGGAAUCUGAAUAGAUUAAUGGUUCUCAAUCUGAGUGGUAAUGGCUUAUCUGGAAAAAUUCCUGCGAGUUUGGGAAAUCUUUUCAAGCUAACUACACUUGACUUGAGCAAACAGAAUCUUUCUGGAGAGUUGCCAUUUGAGCUCUCGGGGCUGCCCAAUCUGCAAGUUAUUGCUCUUCAGGAGAACAAGCUAUCUGGGGAUGUACCUGAAGGGUUUAGCAGUCUGAUGAGUUUGCAGUAUGUGAACCUCAGCUCCAAUGCUUUUUCUGGCCGUAUUCCUGAAAACUAUGGCUUUCUUCGUUCGCUGCUUGUUCUUUCAUUGUCUGGUAAUCACAUUACAGGAAUAAUUCCUUCGGAAAUUGGAAACUGCUCUGACAUUGAAAUUCUUGAGCUUGGAUCAAAUUCUUUGGCAGGUCAUAUUCCUAGUGAUCUCUCUCGCCUCACCCAUUUGAAAGUGCUUGAUUUGGGUAGGAACAAUUUAACGGGGGAUAUGCCUGAGGAUAUCUCCAAAUGCUCGUCAUUAACCACUUUGUUAGUGGAUCACAACCAUCUUUCAGGUUCCAUACCAGGGUCAUUGUCGGAUCUAUCAAACCUAACAAUGCUGGAUCUCUCUGCUAACAACUUGAGUGGUGAUAUUCCGAGCAAACUUUCUGUGAUCCCUGGUUUGGUGUUCUUCAAUGUCUCGGGGAAUAACCUGGAAGGUGAGAUACCGCCAACGUUGGGAUCACGAUUCAACAACCCCACUUUGUUUGCAGGUAAUCAGGAUUUAUGUGGGAAGCCAUUAGAUAGGAAGUGCGAAGAUACAAACGAAAGGGACAGAAAGAGGUUGAUUGUGUUAGUUAUUAUCAUUGCAGCUGGAGCUUGCUUUUUAGUGUUGUUGUGCUGUUUCUACAUUUUUAGUUUAUUGAGAUGGCGUAAAAAGCUUAAGGAAGGAGUUUCUGGAGAAAAGAAAACGAGUCCUGCAAGAGCUAGUUCUAGAGCAAGCGGAGGUCGUGGCAGCUCUGAGAAUGGUGGACCAAAACUUGUGAUGUUCAACGCCAAAAUUACACUAGCUGAAACAGUCGAAGCAACAAGACAAUUCGACGAAGAGAAUGUGCUGAGCAGAACAAGGUAUGGAUUAGUAUUUAAGGCCUGCUAUAACGAUGGGAUGGUCCUUUCCAUUCGCAGGCUUCCUAAUGGAUCAUUGGAUGAGAACAUGUUCAGAAAAGAAGCUGAAUCACUAGGCAAAGUCAAGCACCGAAACUUAACCGUUCUCAGAGGUUACUAUGCUGGGUCACCUGAUAUGAGACUCCUAGUCUACGAUUACAUGCCCAAUGGAAACCUUGCAACCCUCCUCCAAGAAGCUUCUCAUCAAGAUGGCCAUGUUCUAAAUUGGCCAAUGCGACACCUCAUUGCACUAGGAAUUGCCCGUGGUUUAGCCUUCCUACACCAAUCCUCGAUGGUUCAUGGCGACGUGAAACCACAAAGCGUUCUGUUCGAUGCAGAUUUCGAAGCUCAUUUAUCAGAUUUUGGGUUAGACCGGCUCACAAUAGCCACUCCAGGCGAAGCCUCCACAUCAACUUCCGUUGGUACAUUAGGUUACGUCUCACCAGAAGCAGUCUUAACCGGUGAAGCCACGAAGGAGUCUGAUGUGUACAGCUUUGGCAUUGUGUUACUGGAGCUUCUGACAGGAAAGCGACCAGUCAUGUUCACCCAGGACGAAGACAUAGUGAAGUGGGUGAAAAAACAACUGCAGAGGGGUCAAAUAACUGAGCUAUUAGAGCCAGGUUUGCUUGAGUUGGACCCUGAAUCAUCAGAGUGGGAAGAGUUUUUGCUGGGUGUGAAAGUAGGAUUGCUAUGCACAGCACCUGACCCUCUUGACAGACCAACCAUGUCUGACAUCGUUUUCAUGCUUGAAGGUUGCCGAGUUGGUCCUGAUAUCCCAUCCUCCGCAGAUCCCACCACUCAACCUUCUCCUGCAUAACCCAA